GACCGGUGCCGUGUGUGUGACGGACUCGUGAGCAUGAGGAAGCGAGGUGUUCGAUAGCGAGCACGAGUGCGAGCUGUGCAGCGGCGAGCGGCGAGCGGCGAGCGGCGAGCGGCGAGCGGCGCGAGGCGCGUAGUGCGAUGUGGGCGAUGCGCGUGCUGCUGGCGCUGGCGCUGGCGGCGGUGCGCGGCGCGGCCGGCGGCUGCGGCGUGGCCGAGUUCGCGUGCCGCAGCGGGGAGUGCGUGCGGCUGGACGCGUACUGCGACGAGCGGCCGCACUGCGCGGACGGCAGCGACGAGCCGCCGCACUGCACCGUGUGCAACCGCACGUACUACGGGCGCGCGGGCGUCGCGUACGCGGUGGCGGUGCGCCAGGCGCCGCGCGCGCCCUUCCUGUGCCACCUGACGUUCACGGCGGGCGGCGGCGCGCACGGCGACCUGGUGCAGCUCGCGUUCGACAAGUUCCGCGUGGGCCGCUACGAGGCGGGCGCGCUGGACGGCUGCCCGGACGGCUACAUGCAGCUGUCCGAGCUGGGCCGGCCCUUUACCGGCGGCUCGUGGUGCGGCGAGGCGGACGGCGCCGCGCUCUACUACAGCGAGACCGCCACCGUUACCGUCUCCGUCAAGUUAUUCCGCGCGCGGCUCGGCGAGCCGUUCGGCUUUCAACUGCGAUAUAAAUUUCUGGCUCAGCGAGACGCCGUAGUCAGAUUCGGGGCGAUGGAAGCACCCAUAGAGCGUGGCGCGGUUUCCCCGGGCACUUACUGUACGCGUACUUACGAGGAGUGCCAUCGGAAGCCCUGUCGACUUCAGAGUCCUAAUUAUCCCGGCAUGUAUCCGAGGAACGUUACAUGUUACUGGAGCUUGCGUCAGAAGGAUAUACCUACGUGUAAACAUGCGAUGAUUUCGGUUCGACAGGAAUACUCACACAAAAUGCAAAUAAAACGCUCCAUAUCAAUGGCUAGUUUAAACAAAACUGGGCGGGUGGUGCGUGCAUGGCGAGAGUGCACGGGCGAGCGAGACCGCCUCAUAUUCUACGAUGGGGCAUCUACUGACGAUCCGGUGCUGGUGGAGUACUGCGGCGGCGACUGGCUGCCACGGGUCACGUCGCGCGGCCCUGAGAUGCUUGUCGCCUUCCACUCGUCACCGUUCAGUGCACCCUUGAGGCCUGCCGUUCCAGCGGCGCCUCUUCGUGGUUUUGAGUUAGAUGUUGACGUAGUGUUUGCAGAUUCAGAUUCACUUGAUUAUGCGAGAGAAGCGCGACGCUGCGAGUUUCAUGUGAAAGCAUCGUCAUCCGAGGAGGAUACGAACUCGACGCUCGCAAGCGGCGGACGCGGCAGGCGAGGACGACUACGUGCUCCCGCUCACACGUUACCUCCCAACACUACCUGUACAUGGACAUUUCACGGACGUCCAGGGGAUCUUGUUUGGAUCUAUUUCUCCAGCUUUACACAUUACUCGUUAGUUGAACCACGUCGAAUUGAGAGUGGAGAACGAGAGGAAGAAAAUGGCAAUGGACCUCCAAUGCCACGGACUUUGCCACCCCCUACUGCGGGGCGUGAGGGUCGUGAAGGGAGUGGUGUUUGUGCAGUAGAGUUGCGCAUCUGGGAUGGUGGAGGAGCAGGUGAAGCAGGCGCUUUACUGUUAGGUCACUAUUGUGAUGUGGCGCCUGCUUUAUGUGCGCGAGCCGCACUCGCUAACGCUACGAGGUCACCGCGUCCUUGUGCACCGCCGGACGGUUAUGUAUCAGCCGCGCCACUGUUAUCCUUGGCUGCAACUUCUUUACCAGGAACGGCUACACAUCCUCUUGCAUUCGCUCUACAUUAUGAAUUCAUAGAUGCACGGUUAGAAGGAGCUCCAUUGCUGGACAACGGAAGAGGAACUCGUGCUAUACCAAGCGAAUGUGCACGUAUAUUGAAUAUACCGGGUGCUUUUGCUUCACCACGCAACGCUCUUUGGUUUGGACGUGGAGGAGCUCGCAGGCUACGCUGUAUAUAUCGACUUCAGGCACCCAGUGGCCGUAUCGUACUUGAUUUGACUGCGGCAACUUUCGGUCGGGAACCAAUGUGUUCUACACGAUCCGAUACACUGACGGGGCGGUCCACUUGUGUGGUAGAUCCAGUGGAACCACGAUUGGAGGCGGUCGAUGCGGAUAUGUCAGAAAAUGAGUUUAGUGAUUUAGAUGAUGAUAUGGAAGUUCCAUUACGUGUUCCACAUCUUCGAAUAUAUGAAUCACCAUGGCCAGGAUACAGGGUUCCAAUAGCUUGUGUGUGCGAUAAUAGUAGCACACCAUUGCGAUUAGAGUCAGCGGGAGGGGCGCUAGAGUUAGAGUUAGUGGCUAGAUCGCUAUUACCAGCCGAAGACCACAGGCAUGUGCAAUUCCGAGGCACGUGGUCCCAUGUUUCUGGAUAUUCACCACCAUGUGCUGCACGUCGACGUUUACCACCUCCCGGACAAAGAGUUCAUUUGCUUUAUCCUUAUAUAGACAACAGCAUGUCGGAAUGCGAGGAAACUCCGUUUUUACUGGCGGCACGUGGUAAUCGGUCUGUGUUUUUGCGUGUCUGGGGUGACGAGUUGCCGGCUACGGUGGCCAACUCUGACCCUCCUCCAUGUCACACUUUGAAUCGUAUCCUCGUCUACGAAGCUCAUAGUUCUCGGCUGGUGCGCACGGUGUGCCCGGGCGGCGCGGAGGCGCGCGCCGUGCAGGUGUUCACGGACGACUGGUGGGGGCGCGGCGCGCGGCCCGCGGCGCUGCUGCUGGUGUGGGCGGCGCGCGAGCCCGGCCGCGCGCACUUCGCCUGGAUGGAGGUGUGGCGCGCCGGGCCCGCGCCCGCGCUGCAGCGCCUCGCCGCCGCCGCCGCCGCCGCCGCCGCCGCCGCCGCCGCCGACGCCUGGCCCAACGCGUCCGCGCACUGCGCGCACCCCUGCGCCGCGCUCGGCGCCUGCAUGGAGGCCGAGCUGUGGUGCGACGGCGAGCCCGACUGCCCGGGCGGCGGCGACGAGGCCGGCGGCUGCGGCACCGGCGCGCGGCUGCUGGCCGCGCUGGCCGCGCCGGCGGUGGCGGGCGCGGCGGCGGGCGUCGCGGCCGCCGCCUCGCUGCUGGCGCUCGUGUGCGCGGCGGCGCUGCGCCGGCGGCGGGCGCGGCGCGCCGACAAGCAGCUGCUCGGCGCGCUGGCGGCCGGCCGCCGCCUCACCGAGGAGCUGCUGUACGACGCGUCGCGCGCCUCGUCCGCAGCGUCGUCCUGACGUCGCGAGCGCUCCGUCGAGUACAUCCACGUGGACCGCGAGACCACUGUGUGACGGAGCGCCGCCCCUGCACGCCCCGUGAGCCGCGCCCGUCUGUGCGUAGCGUGCGCGCGUGUAUAUAGCGACCCUGUACCAUAUUACGCGGCGCGGUAGUCGAAUGCGGCGACGCCCGCGCGCGGCGUGGCGUCCCCGUGUGAUAUUAUAAACUGUGUGUCACUCUGUUCCUCGUUACUGUGUUACGUUCUUUGUUACGUUGAUACUUUGUGGAUUUGUUACUACUAAAAGUGAUUUUUACGUACUAUUGUUUUUGAAUCACGCCCGUCUCAGACCGCGAGCGCGCCCGCCGCCACAGCGGGGGCGCCGGGCGACGGAUCGACACCCUCGAAGCGUGCCAUAUUCCUUUAUAUUAUUCUCAUACAGAAUGAUCGUUCCGAAUGUGUUCUCUUCAACUUAUUGUAUCUUAUUAAAACGAAACUUAGCGACAAUUGAUAUUGAGUUGAAAUUAGCGCACAACGAAAUGACCCUUCACUCUGUAUGCAAUAAUAAUGCGUAUUGUGUUUAUCAUUGAUGAACUGUCCCGUCCCUCGUUUCCACCUAAUUUAUGGAACGCCAAAUAAACACAGUUCAAAUUUACGAACUAAACUGAA